AUGGAAGGGAAGCGUCUUUGGCCUGAUGAUGCUCGAUGCAGCCCCUCUCGCCCACUCAAGCGGCAUCGAACACUUCUUGACGACUGGGACAGCGAGACUCGACUUUCAAGCGAAGAAAUACCACUUGAACACCAUCGCUACACAGUGGCCUGGAUCUGCGCAUUGCCCAUAGAGUUGGUAGCUGCAGAAGCCAUGCUAGACGAAAAGCAUGACGUCUUACCUUCUCGUGCUUUCUAUGGCAACGCCUACACAACUGACACCAAUACCUACACGCUGGGAAACAUCGAGGGCCAUAACGUUGUCAUCACAUGCCUGCCAGCGGACCAAUAUGGCACCAACAAUGCGGCGAAUGUCGUGACCAAUCUAGUCCGUACUUUUCCAUCAACUCGGCUAGCAUUGAUGGUCGGCAUUGGAGGUGGUGUGCCGAGUAGUGCUAGGGACAUACGAUUGGGAGACGUCGUGGUCGGUACAAGGACGAUGCAGUACGACCUAGGGAAGAUUGUCGCAGGUGCCGAGAUUCAACGCACAGCAAUUGCUAGGACUCUCCAUCAGUCAUUUGGCAAAGCCAUCACAGUUUUGCGGGCCAAACACGACCGGGAACCUAGCCAAAUAUCUUCCAUUCUCAAGGAAAGAUUUGCGACACUACCACAUUAUGGUCGCCCAACAGCCGCUGAUCGUCUCUUCCUAUCGGCAUACGAUCAUGCAGAAUCGGCAACUACAUGCGACGACUGCGACCAACUGAAGCAGAUGCCUCGACGCGCACGACUGAACGACGAUCCCGCCAUACACUACGGAGCAAUAGCGUCCGGCAACCAAGUCAUGAAGAACGCCACCGAAAGGGACAAUGCUGCUCGUAACCUAGACGUUGUGUGUUUCGAAAUGGAGGCUGCUGGUAUCAUGGAUGUUCUUCCUUGCCUACCAAUACGCGGAAUUUGCGACUACGCAGAUUCUCAUAAGAAUAAAGCAUGGCAGAGAUAUGCCGCAGCUGCAGCCGGCGCAUGUGCCAGAGAGCUGCUCUCCGUACUCCCCUCAGUCGACGCUAGCAGACGAGCUGUCCACCGUCCUCAGCCUUCUCAGGCACUGCUAGAUCAACAUCAAAGACAGACCCAGCUGAUGGAGACUCUCAAGUUUGAUCAGAUGGACUCCCGUCGAUCUACUGUGAAAAAAGCACACAUCAAGACAUGUGCCUGGUUCAUCAAACAUAAAGAUUACCAAACAUGGCUGAGCGAAGAGAAUCUCAAGUUGCACCAUGGGUUUCUUUGGAUUCGUGGCAAGCCAGGCGCGGGAAAGUCGACAAUCAUGAAAUUCGUCUUGUCGAAAAUGCAGAAGGAUCCUCGUUGGUCACCACUCGUAGUUUCGUUCUUCUUCAACGCCCGAGGUGAAUACUUGGAAAGGUCAAUCGAAGGGAUGUACCGUUCUUUGCUGUUCCAGGUCUUUCAGGGAUAUCCCCAACUCCGAACAGUGCUUGACGAGUUGUGCUCAACUCAACAGGAGAACGAGGGCUGUCCCAACUUGGACACUCUCAAAGAUCUAUUUUCUGAAGCUAUCCUUGCUCUUGGCCAACUUCGACUGACUUGUUUCAUCGAUGCUCUUGACGAAUGCGACGAGCAACAAGUCACAGACAUGGUUCGAGAUUUUGAGGACUUGGCAGAAGAGGCUUCGGUAGAAGGUAUCGCCUUUCGAAUCUGUUUUUCCAGUCGACAUUAUCCAUACAUUGUCAUCAAAAGAGGAGUGGAAAUGAUACUUGAAAACCAGCCAGGCCACACACAGGACAUGGAAAACUACAUCAAAAGUCGUCUCAUAGUCAAGAAUCCGACCUUUUUUGAAGAGCUACAGAUCAAACUUCUCGAAAAGGCUGCGGGCGUAUUUCUCUGGCUCAUUCUAGUUGUUGACAUCCUCAAUACCGAAUACUCGCAAGGUGGAUUGGCGAUGAAGAAAAGGCUUGUCGAGAUACCAAGCGACCUGGGCGCCUUGUUCAAGGAUAUCCUCACGCGUGAUAGCAAGAACAUGGAACAUUUGUUCUUGUGCGUCAUCUGGAUCCUCUGCGCCAAGAGACCUUUACAACCCGAGGAAUUCUAUCAUGCGCUCUGGUCAGGACUAUCACAGCAGGACCUCGUGGAUCCUGAUCCUCCAAAAGUCACUGCUUCGGAUGACGAAGACAAUGCCACAAGAUGCGUCAUCGGCUUCUCAAAGGGGCUAGCAGAGAUUACCAAAUCCUCCCGGCCAACAGUUCAAUUCAUACAUGAAUCUGUCAGAGAUUAUCUUCUCAAAGCCGGGGGACUUGCUGAACUUUGGCCGGAGCUGGGCUUUGACUGGGAGCUCCCGAGCCAUGAAAGAUUGAAAAUUUCUUGCGACGCGUACAUUGGACAUUACUUGGCUUCAAAUUCCUCUGCAGAAUCUCUGAAUCAGUAUCCAUUUAUGGAAUACGCAUGCCAGCAGGUUUUCUUCCAUGCUGAUGUCGCAGCUGCUGGCAUCUCUCAAGACCAAUUCCUAUCUCAGUUUCCCCUCGAAAAGUGGAUUGGGAUCCAUAAUCACUUUCAAAAGUACAAAGUGCGUCACUACACACCGCAAGCGAGCUUCGUUUACAUCUUUGCGGAAUUGGACUGCUCAAGGCUCAUUCGCAUGGGUUUGAGUGAAGACUUGCAAUGCCGUUCUGCGGAACGUUAUGAAUAUCCCCUGUUUGCCGCCUUGGCUCACGGGAAUAGCAAAUCCGUCGCUGCUCUUCUGAAAAUACCUUCCGUCAUCUACAAUGGGACGAACAUCAUGGAAGGUUUCAAUCACAGGAAGGACCUCUCAAGCUUCAAGAGCCUAGCGCCGUUAUCAUGGGCUGUGGAAAAUCGCCGGGUCGGCAUAGCUACUAUCCUUCUUCGGGCAAUGCCUAAGUUUGGUGACGGUGAUCUUGAAGGAGAUAAACUCAUAGUGACGGCCGCUCAAAAUGGCUAUGAUGAGAUCAUGAAGCUCCUGAUUGAAAAAGGGGCAGGUCUCACUACUCAGAAUGGGAGAUUACUACAUAUUGCUUGCCAAAGAGGCCACGUGGCGGUUGCUAAAGUUCUCAUUGAGAAUGGAGCAAAUGUCAAUGCCACAGACAGUCACUCCAGUAGACUACUGAAUUAUGCUUCCUCAGGAGGCCACGUGGCGGUUGUUAAGGUUCUCAUUGAGAAUGGAGCAAAUGUCAAUGCCACAGACAUAGACUCCCGUGGACCACUGCAUUAUGCUUCCUCAGGAGGCCACGUGGCGGUUGUUAAGGUUCUCAUUGAGAAUGGAGCAAAUGUCAAUGCCACAGACAUAGACUCCCGUGGACCACUGCAUCAUGUUUCCAUAGGAGACCACAUGGCGGUUGCUAAGCUUCUCAUUGAGAAUGGAGCAAAUGUCAACAAGAGUGACGACAACGGAUUAACACCAUUACAUCGGGCUGCAACAUGGGGCCGUCUGGCUCUUGUCAAGCUUCUCCUUGACAACCAGGCAGAUCCCAACGCCAUGGAUAUCUAUGGACACACUCCAUUGUAUUAUGCUGUGCGACAUGAUUACGGAGAGAUGAUUCAGCUUCUGCGUGAAAAAGGGGCGUAUGUUAACGCAGUCUCAAAGGACGGCGAAACGCCAGCAUUUUAA